GUCAUUUGAAAUGUCAGUUGAUGUGGUGUUGAUGUGUCAUUUUGCUCUUUCUACGAGACAUAUAAGACAUUGUGUUGUGCUGCUUGUGUGUGUUUUUUUUUUGACUCUGGACAGUGUUCAAGUAGAAAAAAAGGGAAAAGAAUAGAAGAGCGAGAAAGGACAACAUCUUCUUGUGAUUUUUCUAACAAUAAUUCUAAUUUAAUAUAUUUAUAUUCUUUUGAAUUUUUCUCACUGUCUAAUUUUGCCCUCAAAAUAAUUUUCUUUAUGGUUUUUGCGGAAGAAAUAAUUUGUCCGUGGGCACUUUGGGUGAUUUUUGGGGUAAAAAGUGGAAGAAUUGUGUCCAGUUUUGUGCCCCAGAUGGCAUCAUGGGUGCAUGAGUGACCCGCGUGAGUGAUUUUUGUGAGAGACACUGAGCAGGUGUGUGUGCUUCACUGGGACAGUCACCAGGGGGCUCUGGUGGUCAAAUGCGAAAACUCAGCGUGAAUACAGGAGUACAGAGGGCGCCAAAGGUACCAAUGGCCAAACGUGUAGCGCCCCCUGCUGUUCCUGACAUCUAUCGACAUUCUGGCAGUUCAUUUGGCAGUGUUAGUUUUGUAUCAUCGUGCGAUGAUGAGGCAGCACCACCAUCACUCCAAUCCCGUGAUCCUCUAACACACAAGGCAGCUGUUAUGUUUCACCAACAGAUGGCACUGCAGGAAGAUCAGGGAAUUGAUCUAACACAGAGCCCAGGACGCGAUAGUCCGGGUUCAUCGAGUGGUAGUGCCGGAAGUGGUAGUCGUCAUUCAACAGCAUCACUCGAUUCGGGUCGUGCAUCAUCGUAUUUGACAUCAACAUCAACCCGAGGUGCCCUAUCAUCACCACGAUGUUCAGUUAGUUCAUGCAGUAUCACAUCGGUUGAUCGUAUGACACGGAAUGAUCAUGAUAUCAUUCAUGAGUGGUUGGGUGAAAUUGAAUGUGAAGAGUAUAGUCAGUGUUUUGCCCAGGCUGGCUAUGAUCUACCAACAGUUGCCAGGAUGACACCAGAAGAUCUAACGGCCAUUGGUAUUAAGAGUCCACAUCAUCGUGAACGUAUAAAGCAUCACAUUGAUUCACUGCAUUUGGCUGAUGUUCUGCCAAAUUAUGUUCCGGGUAGUAUUGAUGAAUGGUUGCAUUUGUUGCGUCUGGAGGAAUAUGUAGCACCAUUGUUGGCCCAGGGCUAUCAGACUGUACGGGAUGUUACACAGUUGACAUGGGAAGAUCUUGAGGAUAUUGGUAUUGUACGUUUGGGGCAUCAAAAGAAGAUUUUGCUGGCCAUUAAGAGAGUUAGGGAUAUCAUAAGUGGCAAAUGGGUAGCACCACCUGGACAAUGUACCACGUCGAUGAGAAAGAGCCUACAUGAAAAUACCAGGGACACCAUCUAUGCCCAUUAUACACCAGACAAAAUCAAUCACGAAGACAUCGUUGUUAUUCAGCUGCGUCAGACACGGGGAAAGAGUUUGGAGAGCCUCGAAGAUCCAGCAGAUCGUAUCAAUUCGACCCAUUUAACAUUCAAUGCCCCAGAAACAUUCUAUUGCCAUCAGAGUACACUUAAUCAUCAAAUACGUCCCUAUUCGAGUGCCAUGGUGGCAACAUUUGCAAAUAUGCCAUGGCGUCGGUCUUACGAUGAUGGUGACAUAACGCCAACAAAUGAAACAGCUGCAGGAUGUUGCGGUGAAUGUCCCCAGGGCGGUGGUACACUGCCGAGGCAUGGACGUGGCGGUGGAGGCAUAAGAACGCGUCCAGUGGCAAAAGUUGUUGGAGUUAGUGGUCCGGUGAGGCAAAUGGCAUCGUGUACUGGUGACAGCAGAGUGACAGCGUCAAUGGUGACAGCAGGAAGUGGAGUGGGAAAGGGUUGGAAGAAGGAACCACCAUCGCCACCACGUCGACAGAUGGUAGCACCUGGUGGUGCAGCGCCAUCUGUCAAUGGGGAUGCCAUAUACAUUCCGACCUAUGCACAGCAUGUUCAUCACACAACGGCCGAAGUGCACACAAAGAGCAGCAGCAGCAUUGACAGUAUCGACGCCAUGCCAUUUGCCAAUGACAAUGCCGGAACGAUAAAGCAGCGUCUCAGUCGGGUAGAGGGACAACAGCAGCAUCAGGUAUCAUUGUCGUCAUCAUCAUCGUCCACGUCAUCGACAUCGUCCACAAAUACGGUAGCAAAUGUAUUUGAGAGUCGCAGUCCGGAUGCCAAGGGGCCCCUCGUGGACUCCAAUGUCCUCAAUGACAUUGGCAACAUGUUGGCAAAUCUCACGGAUGAACUCGAUGCAAUGUUGGAGGAGGAAAAACGUGCUGGCCUCAAUGACAGCGAGUAGUGCCAUCUGUUGGUUUUUUUUUCUUAUUAGUUUUAUUUUUUUUUGUGGAAGGGAAAAAAAGAAUAAACAGCAAGAAAAAGAAAAAGAAAAAAAAAAUGAAUAAAACAAGACUGCGUCCGCGGAAGCAAAAAA